AUGGAACUUAUCUCUGAGUUUGAUCCAUUUCUUGCUAAACACAUUGGAAAAUUUGGCCAGUGCGAUGGUCACACGAAUUAUUUAUCGUCUACCAUAUACGAAGAAAUUAUUCAGUUAAUGGCUGAUAAAAUCAGAAAUGGCGUGCCAAUAGAACGAUUUCUUCAAUUUCUUCCAAACACUGGUCAUAAAGCUAUUAAGUUAUUUGAUUCAGUUACAAAGCUUCUUAAUUCUUACGAAAUAGAAAUAGAAAAUUGCCGAGGUCAGUCCUAUGACAAUGCCCGAAACAUGUCAGGAAUAUAUUCAGGACUACAGGCAAGGAUUAAAGAGUUAAAUCCUUUAAUUGAAUAUGUACCUUGUUCCGCCCACUCGCUGAAUUUAGUAGGAUCUUGUGCAGCUGAUAGUUAUGGUCAUGAUGAUGCAUGUAAAAGUCUGAAUAGUUCUUGGAAUGAAAUACGUAAUGCACUGAUAUCAAUAACAAACAAUUUAACAGAAAAGGCAACCACGAUAAAUGAAGCUCGUAGUAUACUUAACAAACUGGAUAGCUUGGAAACGGCGUUUAUGACAGUGUUAUGGGGUUGCCUUCUUGACCGUUUAAACAAGGCUAAAUAUAAAAAAUCAAGAGAUAGAGUACGAAAAUCUUUCCAUGAUGAAACUUGUAAUCAAGAGCAAGAGUUAGAGGGGAGAGACAAAUUUCGAGUAAAAACAUAUACAGUUAUUUUAGAUUGUUUAACAAAUGAAUUAGAAGAUAGACGAGCAGCGUAUUUCCUUUUUAAUUCGCGUUUUUCUUUUCUUGGAAAAUUAAGAGAGUAUAGUGUGGAUGAAAUUAUAGAAUUUGCAAAAAAUUUACAAAAUGUUUAUAAGGAAGAUCUUGAAGAGGAUUUUCUAAAUGAAUGUAUUCAUCUUCAAGCCCACCUUAAAAACAAAGAAAAGAUGUCAAUCCUUCAAUUGUGUAAAUGGCUUAAUGAAUAUGGGUUUUACGAAAUGUAUCCAAACAUAGAUAUAGCAAUUCGUAUUUUUGUGUGUACACCAGCAGCAAACUGUUCAACAGGGCGUUCAUUUUCAUGCUUAAAACGAAUAAAAACGUACUUGCGUUCACAAAUAAAACAAGAAAGAUUUAACAGCAUGGCAAUUCUAACAAUUGAGUCAAGUCUUCUUGUUUCAUUACCAUAUAAAGAUAUUAUAAAAUCGUUUACAAAUAAAACGGCAAGACGUCAACUUUUAAAGUUAAAAUAG